AUGUACACGGACGGGGUGAUGCACGGAUACGGCGUCUACACCUGGUCCUCCGAUGACUCCAUGUACUUUGGGGAGUGGAAGAACAACUCGCAGAACGGGUGCGGGGUGAAGCUGUACGGCUCCGGCGCGGUCGAGGUCGGGGAGUGGAAGGAUGACCAAUACCUCGGCGAGUACACCGGACGGUGCGGAGAGGACGAGCAGGACACGGCCAUGUUCAACGCCAUGAAGGCGGCGAACCGAGCACGAAUGUUCACGAAUAAGCCCGAUGGCGAGGUUACCAUCCUGAAGAAUAUCGCCCGACCGGAGGAGUCCGUAAACAACCACCCGGUUGUGUACGAGGGUGGCACGGAGUGGAUGAUGCCGGGGUACAAGGGGGAGCAGUACGAGCCGCCGGCCGACUUCGCGGAAAAGAACCCAGUCCUGUACUCGCAAAUGAAGACGUUCAAUAAGUACUGGGAGCGCGCGUGGAGGUACUACAACAUCGACGUUCCGGAGGAUCGAUCCGACGCCAAGUCUCGUGAGCUCAAGUUUUUGACGGAUGAACCGCAAGAACUUCGGGUGGUCGACGAAGAUUACGACGAGUACGAUGACGCGGACGAGGAGGAGGACGAGGAGGAGGACCAACCUGCCGCUCGCUCUCGUCGCGCCGGUCCGGCGGCGAUGUCAAUUAGCCUUCGCCGAGCCAACCCAGUGGCACAAGCGUUCUCGCGCUUGGGCAAGAGCAAGCAAGCUAUCCGCAUGAAUCCGCUCAGGGCGGCGAAAGGAGCAUUCGAGGCCGCUCGCGAACGCGUUGCGAGCGCUUGCAAGGUCACGUUUGCGUGA